AAUAAGCUUUACCUUUUUGAAGAUCAUGGAAGGGAAGUGGUUACUGUGUGUUUUACUGGUCCUUGGAACUGCUGUUGUUCGGGCUCAUGAUGGACAUGAUGAUGAUAUGAUCGACAUUGAGGAUGACCUUGAUGAUGUCAUUGAAGAGGUGGAUGACUCAAAAUCAAAACCAGAUACCAGCACUCCUCCUCCAUCUCCAAAGGUUACCUACAAAGCUCCAGUUCCAACAGGAGAAGUUUAUUUUGCUGAUUCCUUUGACAGAGGAUCUUUGUCAGGGUGGAUUUUAUCCAAAGCCAAGAAGGAUGACACGGAUGAUGAAAUUGCCAAAUAUGAUGGAAAGUGGGAGGUAGAUGAGAUGAAGGAAACAAAACUUCCAGGAGAUAAAGGACUGGUGUUGAUGUCCCGGGCCAAGCACCACGCCAUCUCUGCUAAACUGAACAAGCCCUUUGGAUUUGAUACCAGGCCUCUCAUUGUUCAGUACGAGGUUAAUUUCCAAAACGGGAUAGAAUGUGGCGGUGCAUAUGUGAAACUGCUCUCCAAAACACCAGAACUCAACUUGUCUUGAAUCCAGAUAAUAGUUUUGAAAUAUUAGUUGACCAAUCCGUUGUGAACAGUGGGAAUUUGCUAAAUGACAUGACACCUCCUGUAAAUCCUUCACGAGAAAUUGAGGACCCAGAAGACCGGAAGCCUGAGGAUUGGGAUGAACGACCUAAAAUACCAGAUCCAGAUGCUGUCAGGCCAGAUGAUUGGGAUGAGGAUGCUCCUGCUAAGAUUCCAGAUGAAGAGGCCACAAAGCCUGAAGGCUGGUUAGAUGAUGAGCCUGAGUAUGUACCUGAUCCAGAUGCAGAGAAGCCAGAAGACUGGGAUGAGGACAUGGAUGGAGAAUGGGAGGCCCCUCAGAUUGCCAACCCUAAAUGUGAGUCAGCCCCUGGCUGUGGGGUUUGGCAGCGACCUAUGAUUGACAACCCCAAUUAUAAGGGCAGAUGGAAGCCUCCCAUGAUUGACAACCCUAACUACCAGGGAAUCUGGAAACCCAGGAAAAUACCAAAUCCAGAUUUCUUUGAAGACCUGGAACCUUUCAAGAUGAGUCCAUUUAGUGCUGUUGGUUUGGAGCUGUGGUCCAUGACUUCUGACAUUUUUUUUGACAACUUUAUCAUUAGUAGUGAACGAAGAGUAGUUGAUGAUUGGGCCAAUGAUGGAUGGGGCCUAAAGAAAGCUGCCGAUGGAGCUGCAGAGCCAGGCGUAGUGGGGCAGAUGCUCGAGGCGGCUGAGGAGCGCCCAUGGCUCUGGGUGGUCUACCUUUUGACUGUAGCUUUGCCUGUGUUCCUUGUAAUCCUCUUCUGCUGUUCUGGAAAGAAACAGUCCAGUGCUAUGGAGUACAAGAAGACUGAUGCUCCUCAACCAGAUGUGAAGGAGGAGGAAGAGAAGGAGGAAGAAAAGGAUAAGGGCGAUGAGGAGGAGGAAGGUGAAGAAAAGCUUGAAGAAAAACAAAAAAGUGAUGCUGAAGAAGAUGGUGGCACUGUUAGUCAAGAGGAGGAAGACAGAAAACCUAAAGCAGAGGAGGAUGAAAUUUUGAAUAGAUCACCAAGAAACAGAAAGCCACGAAGAGAGUGAAACAAUCUUAAGAACUUGAUCUGUGAUUUCUUCUCCCUCCCCUUCCCUUGCAAGUGUGGUCCUAGGAGAGGACCUGGCCUACCUUAGGUUGAAACUCAGAAAACCUCAGACAUCACCAUCAACAGGUUCCAGCUGAACACUAGUCUGUAUAAUUUUAAACAUCUAGCAGAAAAUAAUUGCAGUUGUGACAUAAAGGAAGGACCCUGUUUCUGUAGAAGAGAAGACAUGUAACAUAAUGGUUGUGAAAUGUAACAUGAAGCAACUAACUUGUUUUUUGUUUUAUUUUGUUUUAAAACACCUUUUAAAAAUAGAACCAUAAAACCUUGCCACUCUAAGAUUUUGGCUUAAUUGAAUAUAUUAAUCUGUCCAUGCAGAAAUAACACCAACAUUUAGAAAUACUAGGGGAAUGAAUUGCAGUUUUUAUAACGAUUUUUUUAAGUUUGGUAUUAAAAAACAUUCAAAUGUUUCUGUCCCUUAUAAUUGAUAAUCAUGUUUAAAGUGCAGUCAUUUGUGGUUAUAAUGUUUUGCUUGCUCUCAUUACUCAAUUUCUUGUAAGGAAAUUGAGGAGGGAUUGGAUGGAAGCCCAAAUUUAUAUAAAAGUUCUGUUAAGUUGUAUUAAAAAUAGACAUACAAAAAAUACUUUUUACUUGUUGUUGGUUAGACCGUAAAGUGUGUGUGUUCUGUUGCCCUUGGAACUGCUUGAUUUGCAGACAGCUGUCCAGCUUGUGGAGGAGGUGGCUUAAUGCAGCACUUGGGCAUUCCUACUUCACACAGGAAGGCUCUGGCGUGGCCUUCAGAGCAGGUGUCAGGAAUGCUGACUGGGUCUGUGAGCUCCAGGUAGACGUUUCCAUCACUUGUUCCACUGUGCUGACACUGUUUUCCCUACCUAUUCCCCUAGUUCUCAGCUUCCUCCUCUGCUAUGCAUUUUCUUCACAGUGCAGCUUGCAGCCCUUCGCUAAAAAUGAUUAUAAAGCUCUGCAUAGUGUUAAGCUUUAUUGUGAUUACAUGUAUGUUUCUUUUCUUUUUUUUUUUUUUUUAAAGCAGACCCAUACCUUUCCAGGGUAUUGUACAGGAUACAAUAUAAACUUUGAUUUUUUUUUUUUUUCCAUUUCUUUUGUUCUGUGUAAAGACUUUAGAAGUCUAAUCCAGAGGUGGGCCAAUUCAGAAUUGACUGUAAUUGAAUACAGGCUAAAAGUAUUUAUGGGAGGAGUGACAUAUAGCAUGAGUUAUCUGGUUUUUGUAGAAUAUUUUAAGUCUUCAUUUGCAGUUCAUGUAACAGUCCUGUCUUAAAUUUACACAAUAAAGCAGUCCUGUUCAAUUUGUUCUUUAAUGUGGCUUGAGGAAUUUUUUUCAGGAGAGAUUUUAGGUUUGUUAUUUCACGUGGAAUGCAAAUGGGUGCUAUCAGAGCCUCUCCCUCAUCACUAGAGUGUAAUAAGACCAUUAUUACACCACACAGAAAUGUAUUCAGAAACAGAUGUUGUUUCAGCUUUAUUCUUUGUUUGGAGCCAUUUCAAUUGUACUGAGGAUGCUGCUCUUUGCACUGAAUAUAUAAACACUCCAUGGUGUGGAUAGUGGGGAGCCUUGGGGGAGGAAGUAUAUUUGUAAAAGAUGAAGGCUGUACCCAUUUAUUUCAUCUUUUUUGAAACACUGGUUCAGUUACAAUUUUUUUGGAGGGUGGGAUGCAUUUUUCUUGCUGUUCAGUGCUUUAUGUUUCUCAUCUGUUGUUCUGUGGUCACAGUGACCUUAGCUAUGUAGCAGACUUUCCCAAAUGUAUUGAGUGCAAAUAAACAAUUAUUUAGCAAGA